GGGCUGUGCGACGCUGAGUAUCCUGAUCGGAAAGGCGGUGGCUGAAUGGAGGCAUGUUUGAAUCUGUUUACUACAAAGUGUAAAGCCAAAAGGCAAAUGUAUAUUGCGUUUAAAGGAAUACUUUCUUACUUAAGCGAUCAUUUUCUAAAGUUUUUGAGCUAUUGAUUUCUACAUUCAAUGGUCGAACAGUUUCAAUCUGAUGCCAUUUUAGACUGGCAUUGGAAUACUCAGUUGAAGGUUAUAAGAACCAAAAUCACCAUUUGUCUUCAAACCAAGCCCUGUCAGUACCGAUCACCCGAUCCGAUGCUUUAAAGUCAAUGUCAUGGCAAAGAAUCAGAAAUACAUUGUUGGACAAGAAAAGCAUUUCAUGCUUUCAGAUAACUGGGCAGAGCCGUACACUUUAGAUGAACUAGCUGUUGAUCAUAAAAAAGUGUCUGAGAUUUCCUCUUGGCUGUCAAAUCAUAGACAUAAAUGUGGAAUCUUAUUACUGACUGGUUCAACUGGAUGUGGGAAAACCGCACUGGUUAAAUGUGUUUCCAGAAGCUUAAAUUUUGAAAUACGAGAAUGGAUAACACCCUUGGAUAGAGAUUUCCAAACAGGGGUUGAAACAGGAGUAUUUCAAAAUCAGACUGGAAAGUUUGAAGAUUUCUUGUACUCAUCAAGUCGGUACUCAGAUUUAUUUGUUAAAUCAUCUAAUGCAGCUUCCUUACUUCUUGUAGAAGACUACCCCAACAUAUUUCUGAUGAAACCAGAAAUUUUCCAUGAAAUUUUGGGGCAAUAUUGUAGAACAGCACGUGCUCCCAUAAUUUUUAUAUGCUCAGACAGUUCUGACAAAUCCUUAAAUAUAGAGUUUGAGCUAUUUCCCCAGAAUAUUCAGAGUCAGUAUGGGAUAGCACAUGUCUCAUUAAAUCCAGUGACAAGAACAAAAAUGAUGCUAGCUCUGAAACGAAUGGGUGCUUAUUUGCAAUCUUUAUCUCCGGGCUACAAGCUGCCGACACAAGAUGUACUCAAUGAAAUUUGCAAUAGUGCCAAUGGAGAUGUCCGAUAUGCAAUGCUAAGUCUUCAAAUGAAACCACAGGAAGAUGUGGUUGCAAUGUUUGACUUUGCUGGAAAGAGGGGACCUAGCAAAAAGAAGCCGAAUUCACAGAAACAGACCCAGGAGGAGGAAGCUGUUUCCACUUGUGGAAAAGAUGACAGAGUUGGCAUACUGCAUGCUGUGGGCAGAGUCUUGUACCCAAAGUGGCGGGGUGAGGGAGAAAAAAUUAGCAGUAACAAUGUAAAGCGGAAAAGGAAGGAAGGUGAAAAGCAUUUAGAUGCAACUACUCCUGGUGUUGAGUGGGUUCAUAAUCCAAAUACCCUCGCAGACUCUUACUUGUCUUCAGCUAGCAGCUUUCUGCUACUAGUACAAGAAAACUAUUUAAAAACUUUUUCAUCCAUUGAGUCUGUUGCUGCUGCGGCAUUCUGUCUCAGUGAAGGUGAUGUAGCAGUGAACAGUGAGGGUGUUGAAACAACUCAUGAAAUAAGUUUUAAUGCUGUAUUAAGAGGGGUAAUGGUACAAAACAAAGUCCCUCAUCGAGCCUGGAGUCCAGUGAGAUCCUCACGAUGCUACGAGAUAAUCAACACUCAAAAAAAGCUGUCAACUAUACUAGAAACUCUUUUUCCACUGUAUCCUGUCAGCCCUAUAGUUUUAAUGACUGAAGUUGUUCCAUACAUGUUCCAUACAUCUGCUAGUAGUCUAUCAAAUGAGCAACAUAAAUUUGUCAAGGCAGUUGCAUCUAUGGAAUCUUUGGCAAGUUUUUGUGAUACUUUUAGGACACUGAAGGAGCCUUUCAAUGCCCAAAAGUCCGAUAAAGCAACUUUUGUCAUAGAUCCUAAAAAACAAAAGAUAACAGAACAGGAUGAUGAACUCCAUAUAUCGGAAGAUGAAAGUGAUGAGGAAGUUGAUGAAGGUGCUGCUAACUUAACAAUGCUUGAGGCUGCUAUGGCAGAGGAUAUGGACUUUGAUGAAGGUGCCCAAAAUCUCUCUAUGUUGGAAGCUGCCAUUGAUAAUCAACCAGAAGAAAUAGAUUAUAAUGCUCUUUUAAAUGAUUCUGAUGAUGAUGACAUUUUACUCUCUCAAAUAUAGGAGAGAAAUUGUUAACCAUCACCCGACAUGAUUUUCUUGAAGCCAUCUUGUGAUAUUUCCAUGACAAUUUAAGCAACGUGCAUGUAUUAUUUUCAUCUGCGGGUGAUCUCAUAAAUAAAUCAAAGUUAUUACUUAA